AAAAGUGUUGUAAUAAUAGUCAGUGAAUGAGUUGUCAAACAUUUGAAGACAAUAUUUAUUCAGUGAUUUGUUGGACACACUGUUGUCGUGACCGCCGCACGUGUUGUGUGUCAUCGAUAUAUCAAUUGACAAAAUGUCUGAAACCAAUGUCGACUAUCUUCUUGAAAAGUUUACCAUCGCUGAGAUUGUCGAGAUUAAGGACAAACUUAAGACAGACAUCGACCGCAAAAAACAAGAACUAAAACAACUGGUCGGUGAACGAUAUGGCGAUCUGAUCGAAGCGGUCGAUACCAUCAAACAGAUGAACCAAAGUGUCGAUAAUGUGCUGAAGUCGUUGCAAGUGCUGAACAAUAGCCAAUCAAAACACCGAAUAUUAGCGCCGAAUCGCCAUUACUCUUCAGGCCGUCGUUUGGAUGGAAUCGAUGCCGACGACGACCGCAAAAGAGAGUUCGCUCUCAAGAGAUAUCGAUGCGGACUAGUCUUGAAAGUGAUCACACAAUUGCCGCUAACUAUAUGGACAGCCAUUGAAAACGAUAAUCUAUUGGUCGCCACUUAUAACUAUUUUUAUGGACAACACUUGUGCGCACUGUUUGAACAAUUAGUGGCCGAGAGUGUGACACCGAAAUUAUUUAUUAAAUACAGGACUGCUAUUAAUCGUUUCAAAGAAAUAAUUGUCGAGAAGUGCUGGGACUACGAUAGGAAGAGUUCAUUUCAAGAUAAUGUAGUCGAUUCUACCAGUGCUGACAUAUUUUGUUGUCUACUAUUGUUACAGAAUAUAUCACCGAAAGAAGUGUUUAUUUUAUUUCUCGAUAAACGAAAAUCAUAUUUAAAUGACUGUUUUAACAACAAAUUUGAUUUGAAUCAAAAGUUACACUAUUUUAUGAAUUUAUUGUUUAAUACAAUCAAAUGUAUACAUUCAGUGUUCUUCAGCAGCGUUGGUGGCGGCGAACUCAAGACUAAGACAUUAUUGCAUCAAAGAUACGAACGAUUUACAAAACUUAGCUUUGAAUCGGAUUUUAUUAAACAACGAAACUUAUCUAAAGAGUUAAAGAUCGGUAUCACUGAGUUUAAGAUCAAUUCAAAACCUGUUAUUGAUUUUAUUGAUCAAGAAAUGCUUGCAAAUGAAACUAAAACCUGGAUUUCAGACAUCAAAUCAUUGUUAGAACCACUUCUGAGAAAUACAUUUGAGUCAAUUCAUUCUGUAAAUCAAAUCUGUGUUUUGUUAAAUGAAAUCAAUUUAUAUUUGAUUGAAAGUCACAAACUAAAUGAUUGGGAAAAUUAUUGCGAAGACCUUAUGACUAACUAUUUGCCAAUUUGGGACCACUUUGUUAUAGUUUAUGUGAUCCAAAGGAUUAAAUUUAUUAUUAGUGCAAAUAUUAGCAAAACAAUAGAAUUGUUUUCGGAAAAGUUUCGCCAAUUUAUAUCGGAUCCCAACAUAAAAAGCAAAGACUUGGAAGUGAUUGACUUUGUUUGGGGCGAAACUGAAUAUAAUUCGUUGAGUUUGUCAAAGAAAAGUUUUGCACAAAUCUCAUUGAUUGAUGACUUUUGUCGAGAUUUUGACACUUCGCUCGCAUAUCUCUUGAAUGACAUCAAAAUUAUCAAAGAAUUUAACUUUAAAUUAAUCAAAACUAACGAUUUAGACGAUAUUGAAUCACAUUUAGUGAAUACAUGUUAUUCGAUGAUAGAAGACAUCAAAAAACAAUUGGAGUCAAUUGAUCCGUCAUUAGAUAAAGACGAUGUAAUCGAUAUAUUUAGCGCACAAUUUUUGCGCCAAUUGACACAAUCGUGUCCUCAUUUUACACAGUGUUUUGAAACCUUAACGCCAGUCAAACUGCAUUCAUGGUCUAAAACAAAAGAUCUGUUACUUUCCUACUCUUAUACAUCUUAUAAAAGAAUAUUUGAGACAAAAAUCAAACAACUCUUCAGCGAUACCACUGGCGAUAAGUUAACCGAUUUGAAUGAAUUCAUUAAUAAUAGCUUUAUUUGGGAUAAGAUUCAGACCAAAGAGGUUUCAGAUGAAGGCAAAGAAAUUAUUUCAAAGAUUGAAGUUCCGCUCCAAUUGUCGGCUUUCCUUCACAAACGUUUGACACAAUUGUGUAACGAAAUCAAUAAACUGAUGGCCCAUACAAUACCGCGAGUAGUAGUCAUCGACGUAUUGUCGGCAUUGAAUCAACAAAUAACACAAACAUAUACCGGUGCUCACGAGUGUCUGUCCACUAAAGACUAUUCGGAAAAUAUCAAACAAGUAUAUGCAUUGCAAUUUUAUUUUGAAUUGUUAUUCAUUAAACAAUUGUUGGGAUCAACUCAUGACGAAACUAUCAAAAGUAAAGAGAUGACCAAAACCAAUGAAUUAAUGAAAAAAUUUGAAACAUUCAUUGAUCCGUUUGAUUUGCACGUGUUCUACCCGCACGUACAGACCAAUGUGGCCAAACUGAGCGCCAGUACGGCCGUAACAUUUGGCCUAUUGCUUCCCGAUGCUAUCAAUAUGACAUCAGACAUCAAAUCUAAGCAACAAACAAGUGGUGGAAACAAUGAGUUGCAUAAUAUAAUGCUAUUUCAAAGCACACAAAAGGCGUUUACAUUGUUAAACGUCAAUUCAUUAUCUAAAAAGUGAUAACAAAAAAGUAGGUAAUUAUCAGUUGAAAAAUUGUUUUUUGCGUGAAUUUUUUCAUAAUAUAAUUCAAAAUAAUUUAUAAUUUAAUGUGUAAUCUA